AUGGAGGGUGCAGGCCAACCUCAUGAAUCGGGGGAGCCUCGGGCACAAAUGGCGACUGGGGUAUCAACAACCACGCCGCCGCCGCCGCCGCUUGUCAAUCCGGAUCAGCCAGACCCUCGUGCACUCAGUACCGCAGCGCCGGGUACAUCUCCACGGGUAGCAUCUCCUGCAGCACAAGGAGCGGAUGUAGCAGUUGCAGCGGCAACUACGGCCCCAGCCGUCGGUAUCCCAAUUCCAUCCUCCAACCCUCCUGUGAGCUUGGCUAUGGAGAAUGGCGGCACCAAUAUCGAGAGCCGAGAAGCAUGGCCGGAACGGCCUCCGAGGCCCAAUUUGGAUACACCACGGUCUGCGAGCCCACAGGUCCAGCUUCAAACGACGGCUGCCAACACAGAGAGUGUAUCACAUCAGCAACCGAUUUCACCAACUGCACGGGCAGCCCCAGAGGUAUCACCAGUUCGAGAAAGUUCGCCGAUUGUGAAGGAGGAAUACUUGGGCCCAGCGGUUCCGGGUCCUCCUCAGGCAUCGCAGCUCCACCAAAACACACUGCCCGGCCCAUCGGGUCUUCCUGCACGGCUUCCAUCACCACCACGCGUUCCGGCGCCGAGUUUUUCGCCUUCGUCCGCUCCGCCACCUCCGCAUCCGCUCCCUGCUCCGGGCCCGGUAGUGCCCGGACAUUUGCAUCACAGCGUUCCGCAGCGACUUCCUACGCUAUCGGGGCCGCAAUUGGGGCCGCAUCAAGCCUCGCAGCAAUACCCGCCGCAUUCCCAGCAUUCCCGUCAACCACCGCCGCCGCUCGUGCAUGUCUCUAGCUCCCAGCCCGCUCCACAUCUGCAAACGCAUGGGCACUUGCAUCAUUCUCCCCAGUACGAGCACGGAUACCACCAUCAGCAGCAGCAGCAGCAGCCGCAGCAAUACCACCAGCAGCACUACCAGCAUCAGCACCCACAUCAUCAUCACCAACAUCAACAUCAACACCAACCGCCGCCUCACCAUCACCACCAACCCUCACCAUCGUCAACCGCACCCACACCCGCACCCGGAACUCCGCUGACGCCGAUUCCGCCAUCGCAGCAGUAUUUUCCUCCUAAUCCAGCGCAGCAGGCCUGGCCACACCCAUCAGUACCCGUUCACAUAGCAUCCCUUUCAAAACCCAUCAUCAUGGAUCCACCAAGCGUCCGGAAGGGCGGCCAGCAGGGUGGUGGCCAAGCCGGACAGCCCAACGAGACGCCUGUGUUUCCGUCGCCGACGAUGCAGAAUCAGGCUGCGCCGAACCCCAAGUUCGUGGACGAUUACACACGCAUCAACUUUGCUAUUCAACAGAGCAUACCCGAGGCCGUUCGCCGUGUUGUACGGGACCGGUGGGAAAAGUGCCUUUUGGGUUCUGAGUUUCACCAAGCGUUUGUUCUCAAUGCCGCCAUCCACCAUGCGAGCGCCACUAUUACGCAACGCGCCGUUCGAGACUUUGGCGGGAAGCUAGUUGACACGGCGAGACGCGACAUCGUGGCCCAUUUCUCAGCUGAGGCACUGGAUGAUGUCGCCGACUUAAUCAUCUGCAAGGCCAGCGACAAGUUUCUGGACAAGUGCCUCGAAAAGCGCCUCUUAACCAUUGGGGCCAAGCCGCUCAUCAACGCUCUCGCCGCCGCAGAGCGGCUGGGGUACGAGCCCAGCGACAUGGUCCAGGUUGAGCCAAAUGAACGUGUCCUCCCCCAGGCCCCUCCAAGCCAGCCGGCACCCACAAACCCGGCGCAGAGUCAUCCAGUGGCUCAGUGUCUGAAGUGUUUCCGGACGUUUGCGUAUCCAUCGGCCCAUGAAUAUCACGCUACGCACGAUGUUUGCAGCCAAAUCCCACCAGACAACAAUGGCUUCGAGCACGCAUGUAUACAUUGCGGUAAAGGCUUUACGAAUGUUGUUGAUCUGCAACGACAUACCGAGCAGCAAGUCUGCACCACCCCCAGGCCGGCCCAAACUCCUCAACCCCGCCUAAACCAAGCGGGAACAGUUGUCACACGAAGUCCGUCCUCGGUCCAUACCCCCGGUGCCGCAACAAUUGAGCUCCAUCUUCCCUCCACCAUACCCAGCGCCAAGCCGACACCCCCCACUGCAGGCACCGGCCUCCCUGGAGACCCGUACGGACAUUUGACACCGGAUCAAAUCCAAAGCAUGAAUGACGAUCUCCGUGCCGCCGAGGAGCAGUUUGCACCGCGCUUCGCCGAAGCCAACGAGAUUGCAGACAGCGGACAACGCAGGGUCAAGUUGGAGGGUCUCCGAAACAGUUUUGGCACCAAGCAGUCCCUUAUCCGUAAGAAAUACGGCGUCCGGUUGCGCGAGAGACGGACCAAGGCCGAGAUUGAGGCGGAAAGGGCACGAGUCAUGGGCAGACAGCGGCGGAACGAAGCUUCGAGACCUCCACCAACACCCGGUUCAGGUCCUGCGCUCACCGCUCCCGUUGCUCCUGCUGCCGGAAGUGGAUGGACGGCAGCGAAUACCCCGCGCACCAGCGCCGUCUGGGAAGAACACGACGCGAAACGCCGGCGUCUAAGCGAGGCCGGCGGGCAUCACUCCCCGUCCCGGACACUCGCCGACGACACGCCCACGCGCAAGGUCAGCGGUUCAUAUCCCACAGCCGCAACAACCUCGUCCCGACCAACAACAACCUACGAGCAGUCCGGCGCACGAAUCCAAAUCCACAUACCCACCGCCAAUUCUCAACAACAACAACAACAACAACAACAAUCCGGUGGCAGCGCUCAUCCCAAUGGCGUCUCCGGCACCGCCUCGCGAACCGCCACGCCGGAUGGGUCGCACAGCGGUACGAACGCCGACAGCGAGAACAGGCAGCAGCAGCAGCAGCAUGGGCACGGUCGUCCCGGCCUCUCCUCCGCGCCUGUAGUCAUCGACGACGAUGACGACUCCUCUUCGGGCGACGACGAGGAUAUCCCGUCGACGCUGCCUUCUCAUGUGCGGAAGAGUUUGGGCGCGUCGGCUAGCCCGUCGGUUGUGCAGAAGACGCCUUAG